AUGACCAUUGAUGAGCAGAGCAAGCGUCGCCCUUCUCUCUUCGAGCUGUUGAACGGGCAUAUCACCCACAAGCUCUUCAGCCACUGGGUGGCUUUGACUGCAGUUCUUUUGACAGUAUUCAAGUUAAUUGUUGGGGUGAAGGGGAUCCCAAAGAAGUUCGUGAGAAAAUAUGGGAGCAGUCUGUCGGACUUGGUCUUCCUUCAUUUAGCCAGCGGUGAUGUUUGGGAAGUGGAACUGCUGAGAGGAAACGACGGUGCUUUUCUCCGAAGAGGAUGGCCAGACUUCGUGAAGCACUACGCCAUCGAACACGGGCACUUCCUAGUGUUCAGAUACGAAGGAGGCUCUGCGUUUCGCGUGGUCAUAUUCGACAAGAGUGCUACGGAGAUUAAAUACCCCCUCGUUUCUGAAAAUGAUGAUCCAAGAAUGGAAGAAGAUGUAGGGGACGCGUCGGUUGAAGUCUUUGAGGAUCAUUCCGAUCAGUCACGCCGAAACCAAAGGCAAGAGUUACCUUCAUCAACAUUGUUAUCUCCAUUUUCGAAGAAGAAGAAGAAGAAGAAGAAGAAGAAAACAAACGAGCGCUUGAAUAAGCAGGAAGUUGGAGGUGGUGGAAAUAAUAGUGCCUGUGAUGCCAAUGCAGGCCUUAAAUCUGGCUAUUCGAGAAGGUACCAUCCUUACAGAGUCAGUGAAAAAUCUGAGGCCUUAGAAAGAGCUACUUCUUUCCAGUCUCCAAAUCCAUUCUUCUUGGCUAUCAUGCAACCAUCCUUCAUUCGCCACUGUUUGAGUGCACCGGCCAGGUUUUUCAUGAAGUACAUUCCCAAUUUCAGAAGCAAAGGAGACAUAAUUCUAUACGUGUCGGAUGAGAGAUUUUGGUCGGUCCGGUACAAGUUUGGAAUAUACGGCAGAAGACGACAAAUCAAAUUCAACUGUGGUUGGAAACGUUUUGUGCAGGACAACAAUCUCAAGUUGGGUGAUGUUUGUGUGUUUGAAAUAAUGUGGAAGGUUCACCAAAUUUCAUUCAGAGUCCUCAUCUUCAGAGCCAACGGAGAUACAGUUGAAUUCGAAGAAGCUUCUCAACACAAGCUCGAAACAAGCUCCAGCAAAUCUGAUAAAUCUCAGUAUGGCCAGGCCAAAAAUGAAGAAUCCGCUUCUAAUGAUCAAUCUGCAGGCAAAGUUUUGAGGUUGAACCAGCAAUACAAAUGUACACUCUUCUUGAAGCACGCAGUGCCGGCAAUGUGGAAGACACCAGUGGAACAGUUUCUCCAAGUUGUAUUACAUCCAUUGAAACUGCGAGCAAGUUUUGCACGAACCGACCAUCCUUCCGAAUAGUCAUUUGCCCAAAACACUUGAACAGAUGCACUCCGAAUGUGCCGGCUGGCUUUGUCAGGAGGUUCUCAGAUCAGAGACACAUAAUAGGGACUCUAAGAGUUGGCCACAGAACAUGGCCCAUCAAGCUUUGUGUGUAUCCUCAUCCCAACUGCAACAGCUUCAACGGCAGAAUCUCUGCAGGUUGGUUCAAUUUCGCAAGGCACAAUGCUCUUCGAGUAGGAGAUAUUUGCAUAUUUGAUCUCCUCAUUUCGGACCUCAUGGUUCUCAAAGUCUCCAUCUUCAGGAAGGCGUCGAUUGAAUUACGAUGAUGAUGACCGGUUUUCUCUCUUACGCGGCGUUCUGGAAAUAUAA